GCGGCGAGGGGGCGGGAUCGUGCGCCGAGGUCCAUGUGGGCGCCGGCGCGGCGGUGUGGUACGGGGUCGUCAUGGCGGAGCUGCAGCAGCACCGGGUGCAGGAGGCGGUGGACACCAUGAUGAAGAGUCUAGAGAAGGAGAACAUCCGAAAGAUGCAGGAACUCAUGUUCAAGUGCAGCGCUAACUGUUGUGAGGACACCCAGGCAUCCAUGCAGCAAGUGCACCAAUGUAUUGACCGCUGCCACGCACCUCUGGCUCAAGCCCAGGCCUUGGUGACCAGUGAGUUGGAGAAGUUUCAGGAUCGCCUGGCCCGCUGUACGAUGCACUGCAAUGACAAAGCCAAAGAUUCAAUAGAUGCAGGUAGUAAAGAGCUUCAAGUGAAGCGGCAGCUGGAAAGUUGUGUGACCAAGUGUGUGGAUGACCACAUGCACCUCAUCCCAACCAUGACCAAGAAGAUGAAGGAGUCUCUGUCAUCCAUUGGAAAAUAGAAGUCUUUGCUGUUGACUAUCAGGGCCAGGAACAGAGAUCUGUUUUAAAAAGAGGAAUGAGAAUUUUGGUCUUUUAAGCAGAGUUUAUGAAUGAAGAAAAGAACAGCAAGUUUAAGGCAUCUGUCACUUGCCUCUGAACACUGGUUCUUUAAUGUUUUAGUCUAUAAAGUGAAAUAAGAAAAAAAAAUGGUGCUAAAAGUUGGGUCAGAGAUAGCACAGGAGUAUUUCUGAGCGCCUAAAUUUCAUGUGAAAAGUGUUUAUCCUGGUAGUAGGGAUUACACCAGGCCGAAGCCCUCCAGCAUCUCAAAUUCUUCGUAGUACACAGGUAUCAACUAGCUGACAGGCAACUCUAAACUGCUAGUGAUCUGGCUGGCUGAGUAUGAGAAGUGUUUCUGCUUGUUGCCAACCUCCCCCUUUAUCAUAAAGAUCACAAUGCUAUUUUCCAUAAAUUAUAAAACAGAAACCAUGAGUCACUGAUUUAAGUGGGAGAAAAGGUUUCUGGACCUUUGGUUUGCUUGGUUUUAUUCUAUAUGCAAAGACAUGAAAUUGACUUAAGAUGUGGAAUUGGGAGGUUUGGAUAGUUUGAGUAAGAACUUGGGAAAGUUCCUUGUAGGCAUUUGCUUCCGGCCAUCAAGAUGUGGAGACCCUGCAAAAACAUGAGAGACCACAUCAUAUAAGGUGUGGGAAGCAGAGCUUCCACUAGAUGCAGGGUAGGCCCUGGAGCUGUAUAACACAGUGACAAGACAAUACUGCAGUGAAAGGAGUUUUGACUGCUAUAUACCAGUAUCCAGAAAUGAAUGAUGAAAGAACCGUUGACUGUUUAAUUUACAAGUGUUAUGAAUUACUGGAUUUUAAAAAGCCAGCCUUCAUAAAACAAAAAAGCCUAAACCCAAUGUUGCUGAUUUCAGUCCCCUCAAAUAACAGCCCCAAUGAGACAAUCCUUUGGCAACAAGAAGGUCAAGUGGGGGGGGAACAACUCAGGGGCUAGGAGGAGCUGUGACUCCUUUAGAACAAAAGUGAGGCAACUCCUGAUGAUCAGAUACCACUUUUGUCUGGGGUCUUUGCAUCCAGUUCUGCCACCUUAUCACUUUGAUAAGGAUCUAUUCUUUUUACCAACUUACUUGAAAAGAUAAUGUAGCCUGUCUGUUUGUUGUUUCAAGGCCGUGAUAUAUUUUCAUAACGGUUUGGUUCUAAAAAAUAAAUAGUUUAAUUUUUCCUCCAU